AUGUCAGAAAAUCUUAGUGGAAUACUAUGGAGGUCCAAGCUAGCAAAUAUUUCGGAAAUUCCACUCAAGGAAGAGAGGUUGGUGGAAGCUGACACUAAGUCUGAAAACUCAGUCUUGCAAAAAGAAUCCUCAGAGUUUCGAACAAGUGGAACUUUCCAAAGAGCAGAAACAAGAACAACUCAGAACCACCCACCGUUUAAAAGGUUCAGCUAUAGGUUCAGAGAUGCUUACAGGCUCACCAUUCCCUGUUCAUUAUGCAACCAAGAACUUCGUCCAUCUGAUUUUUUUACCCAUAAGAGACAGCACAAAGCCAUGGCUGUGAUGGGCUACAAGAUGACAGCUGGGGAAAAACCAGAAAGACACAAGGUUAUAAAACAGAGACAGUUCUUAAUCUCUACGUUAAUUGAAGCCUAUUUGUACAAUGAACAAACCAGACAAAACAUUGACAAUGCUUGUGAGUUCCUUUGUAAGCACCACAUACCUUCUUAUUACAAGAUUCUUAGCAAUUCUUUCAAUAGUUCUGUGCACAUUAGGAAAACAAAUAAUCCACUAGUUAGUGCUGUUGCCAUUUGCGAAGACCAGAACAAGACAUGGAGACCAGUGAUGGAAGACAGAUACAUUUUCCAGGGCAGAUAUGGAAAGAAAUCCAAUGUGUGUUUCUUUGGCUUGUUUGAUGGACACCAUGGCUCUGUGGCAGCUGAAACCACUGCUGUAGAACUCCCUAAGUUUUUUCUUGACCAACUUUCUCAAUAUGAUUUUUCCUAUAAGCUGACCAAGAAAGAACAAAGAUUUGUCCAUUCUUUUGACACAGUGUUUAAGGAGGCUUACAGGGAACAAGAAUACUGGUUUUCUUCCCAAAAGAGAAAGAUUUCAUCUUCACACUAUAAUUAUGAGUGGAUCCAUAAGGCCUUUGCUAAAGCAUUCUGGAGGAUGGAUAGAGUUUUGAAACUUGGGAGGAAGGAAGUAUCCGGUUUCUACUGGAGUGGCUGCUCAGCAGUUGCCUGUUUGCUGGAAUGCGAAGACCAUUUUGGUAGUAGUACCUCUUGGCAAACUGCCAAUGUCACUGAGGAAUCAGAAAUAGAAAUGGAAGAAAAGAAGAGUUUUCAUCUUUCCAAACAAUUUGAAAGUCAGUUUGGAGUAUUACAUAUCGCUAAUGUUGGUAAUGUCCAUGUAGUCUUAUGUAAAGGUGGGCAAGCUCAUCUUCUUACAAAAGAACAUACUACUCGAAACCUAAGUGAAAGACACCGUGUAUUAAAUGGAGGAGGAAAAAUCAGCAGCAAUGAACCCAAUGGAUUCACUGAAGGGAUUGUGCAAAUAACUCGUGGGCUUGGGUUUCACGGAAAUCCAACUCUGAGAAAGUCUGUUAUUCCAGUACCUCAAACAAUAUCUGUCCCUAUAGAUGAUACAUGUCAAUUCCUUAUUGUUGCUACUACUGGACUUUGGGAUGUUAUAGAUACAAAUGAAGCUGCAGCAAUAGCAAUGUCGUUAUUUAGCAUAUAUGAAGAAAUAUAUAAAAUGACUAGGCGAGAAUUGUAUAGGCCAUUCCAGAGAAUUCCUUUUUUACCUAGUAUAUCAUCUUCAACUAUCAGCGUACAAGAUGGUAAAAUCAAACUAUUGUACCGUAAUACUUCAGCAUUUCUUGAGAAAAUGUCUCAGCAGAGGACAAACAGAAAUUCACAAGUAGGCCUGCGUAGCAAAAGAGGAAGUUCUCUAACUUCACAAAGUUUGGAUAAACAUACAGAAUCUAAUUUAAGUAGUAAAACAGAAAUUUCAAGUUCAAGACCUUUUUAUUUGUAUGGUAUUGAGGAUAGUGAUGAAACAAAUAGCAGCACAUCUCAUGAAUCAUCAACUUCAAGUUUAGCAGAGGAAGAAAUAGACAGGAAUUUCUUUGAUUAUGCAGCAGAAUAUGUAAGUCACGGACUUGUCAAAGCUGCUCUUACAGCAGGGUCUAGGGAGAACAUUACUGUGCUAGUAAUACUUCUCAAAGGAUGUUGCUAUCAGCUAUAUGGAAGUGGAAUCUGA